AUGGCGCUGUACAGACUUGUGGGUAUUUCGAACGAAAUGUCGCUGAUCAACGUCAAGCGAGCCCUGACAACAGGCCGGAGGUUAUUGAGUCAAGAUAUUAAACAUACUUCAUCAAAAGUUAUUGAUGAUAUUUUAGUUAUAACAUUAAACACCCCAAAUUCAAAAGUAAAUUCCUUGUCUCAUGAUGUAAUGGAUGAAUUACAAACUAAUUUAAACAAAGCGAGCCAAGAUCCAUCAAUUAAAGGAAGUGUUAUAAUAUCUGGUAAACCUAACUGUUUCAUUGCUGGUGCUGAUAUAUCUAUGCUACAAGCAUGUCGUACUGCUGAAGAAGUUCACAAAAUAUCCCGUGAUGGUCAAAACAUACUUAAUCAAGUUGAAAAAUCAACAAAACCAGUAGUCGCAGCUAUUAUGGGAUCGUGUUUAGGAGGAGGUCUUGAAGUUGCAAUGGCUUGUCAUUACCGAAUUGCUGUAAAAAGUAAAAACACUGGUCUUGGUCUGCCUGAAGUUAUGUUAGGAUUAUUACCCGGUGGUGGUGGUACUCAACGUUUACCAAAAUUAGUAGCAAUGCCUACUGUAUUAGAUAUGGCUCUAACUGGUAAAUCAUAUAGAGCUGAUAAAGCAUUAAAAGUUGGUUUGAUAGAUCAACUUGUAACUCCUCUUGGGCCUGGUUUAAGCACCCCAACAGAAAGAACAUUAGAGUAUUUAGAAGAAAUUGCUAUCGAUGCAGCCAAAAAAUUAGCUGCUGGUCAUAAAUUAACAAAAAGGAAUAAGAACAAGACUUUGAUAGAUAAAGUAAUUGAUUUAGCUUUACAACAAGAAUGGCUACGAGAAAAAUUUUUUGAUAGUGCUAAGGGCAAGGUUUUAAAAAUGACCGGAGGUCUAUAUCCUGCUCCAUUAAAAAUAAUCGAUGUCAUCAAAACUGGAAUUGCUCAAGGUACUACAAAAGGGUAUGUUGCAGAGAGUAAUGGUUUUGCUGAAUUAGCUAUGACACCGCAAAGCAAAGGUUUAAUUGGAUUAUUUCAAGGCCAAACUGAAUGCAAGAAAAACAAAUUUGGAGAGCCUAAAGUGGCUUUAAAAACUGUUGGUGUUCUUGGUGCUGGUUUAAUGGGUGCUGGAAUAGCUCAUGUGACUGUUGAUAAAGGUUUACAAGUAAUACUUAAAGACACAAACAAAGAGGGUCUUGCUAAAGGUAUUGCACAAAUUGAAAAAGGUCUUACUGGUGCAGUUAAACGCAAGAAAUUAACUGCGAUAGAAAAAGACAGAUAUGUAUCUGACUUGACAAGUACAUUGUCGUAUGAAUCUUUUUCAAAAGCUGAUAUUGUCAUCGAAGCAGUUUUUGAAAAUAUAAAGAUAAAGCAUCAAGUUAUUAAAGAGCUUGAACAAGUUGUACCAAAACACUGUAUUAUUGCAACUAACACAAGUGCCAUACCAAUUGGGAAAAUAUCAGAGGGUAGUAGCCGUCCUGAAAAUGUUAUUGGAAUGCAUUAUUUCUCUCCCGUUGACAAAAUGCAACUUUUAGAAAUUAUAACGACUGAUAAGACUUCAAAAGAAACGGCUGCUGCUGCCGUAUCUUUAGGUUUAAAACAAGGAAAAAUUGUAAUUGUAGUAAAAGAUGGCCCAGGAUUCUAUACGACACGUAUUUUGAGUACCAUGUUAUCAGAAGCAAUGCGAUUAUUGCAGGAAGGUGUAAAUCCAAAACAAUUAGAUACAAUUACUAAAAGUUUUGGAUUCCCGGUUGGUGCUGCAACAUUAUCAGAUGAAGUUGGUAUUGAUGUUGGUUACCAUAUAGCAACUGAUUUAGCAAAGGUGUUUGGGGAACGAUUCAGUGGUGGUGACCUCAAUGUCUUAAAAAGCAUGGUGGAUAGUGGCUUCUUAGGAAGAAAAUCGGGUAAAGGUUACUUUGUGUACAAAGCUGGUACCAAAAGUAGACCAGAAAAUACUGAAGCUAUCAGUUUGUUGGAAAAUUUCAAGCUUCAACCCCUAGGUGAACAAUCCAUUGAAAAUCAACAACUACGUAUGGUAUCCAGAUUUGUAAAUGAGGCAGUUUUAUGUUUGGAAGAAUCAAUUCUUAAUAGCCCGACUGAAGGUGAUAUUGGUGCUGUGUUCGGUCUUGGAUUUCCUCCGUUUUCUGGUGGUCCAUUCAGAUGGGUUGAUUGGUAUGGCGCUGAUAAGCUUGUGUCUAAAAUGCAAACAUUCCAAAACGAUUAUGGUCUACCAUUUAAACCUUGUCAAUUAUUGUUGGAUCACGCUAAGGAUAAAUCCAAAAAGUUUUAUCCAUCUUAA